CAUGUUUUAUUUUUUCUGAAUAUGUCUGCUUUUAAUGGUUCUACAUCUAACCUCACUCAGAGUCCAUUCCUGGUAGAUCGAGAUGCACCGGUGAAAACAUUCUUGUGUGUGACCACAUGUGUUAUUUUCCUUUAUGUCAAUGGAGUCAUGAUCUUCACCUUGAGGAAAAAGACUGUUUUUCAGGAGACAUCUCGCUACAUUUUGUUUGGUCACAUGCUUUGGGUCGAUACGCUCAAUCUCUUUAUGAGUGUAGUGUUAUUUGUGUGUGCUGUAAGCAGGAUUUUUAUUUUGAAAAAUGUCUGUAUCAUUCUUCUUGCGGCUGCACAAUCCCUCUAUCAGGUUGCCGUACUAAAUUUGGCUUUGAUGUCACUGGAGAGGUAUGUGGCCAUCUGUAUCCCUCUCAGACAUGCAGAAAUUACCAGUUACAAAAGAACUAACAUGGCCAUUGGUGUUAUUUGGAUGAUGGGUUUGAUUCAGUGCUUGUCUGAGAUUAUUAUCUUCUAUUCCAUUGAUACAACAAACACAGUGAUGAAUUUGUUCUGCUCAAGAACUACUCUUUUCAGACUGCAGAUAUAUAAGAAACUUGAAAUAGCUUUUACAUGUGUAUUUUUUGUCGUAGUGACUUUUGUUAUUAUCUUUACUUAUGCUUCUAUAGCAGCCGUGGCUAAAACAGCCUCCUGUGAUAAAAUGUCAGCCAAAAAAGCCAACAAGACUGUUCUGUUGCAUCUAAUACAGCUGGGUCUCUGUGCUGCAUCCAUCUUAGUUGGAGUUAUCCAAGAAGUCAUUUAUAUUUAUACUGACUAUAUGACAUCAUUACAUGUAAUGUAUUUUUGCUUUGUAGUGUUUAUGAUUUUCCCCAAAUGUCUAAGUUCUCUUAUAUAUGGCAUGAGAGACCAGGCCUUUAGCUUUUUAUUUAAAUACUACUUCACAUUUGGUCUCAAAAAGCAAAAUAGAUGUAAUACAGCAAUAGAGGAGGAAAAAUAG